AUGCCAAGUGACCAUGGCGGUUUAUUCGUCUGUCGCGUGGAACGACGGACCAUCGUUAGGUUGUAUCAGUUUGAUCAUAACCAGCGUGUCGCCAAUGUCCAGAGGUCUCUAAAAUACGACGAUACUGGUCCCUUGAGGACAAACACGAGUUCCUUGAUCCUUGAUGGACCCCGUCGCGGUCCAGCCGCCAAGGAAACGGGUCCAUCGCCGCGAGCGGCAGUCCCGGGCGCGUCACGUGAGGACGUGUCACGGCGCGUUUGGGCGAAGAUCAUCCGGAACCAGGUCCGCUCUUGGACUUUGCCUCGCCAAUUCGAAUCAAUUGAUCUCGACAAGGUCGAACCGGGAGUCUCAUUUUGCGUUUGCAAAGGCCUUCAACUGGUCCCCUCGUAG